GCGUGAACCAAACUCCCGAAAAUAUAUUCUACUCUGCACGCGUGUGAAUUGAGACUUUACGCACAGAACGCGAAGACUCAAGAUUCUACAUCUUGCAUCAUCUAAAGAUGCUGUUUAAGAGCAUAAAAAGCUUUCAGCUUGAGCUGGACGGACCAGACGAUGCCGUGUACACGAGCGGGGAGAUGGUUACCGGACAGGUAGUACUGGAGCUAAAUCGGGACAUUAAAGUUCGAUCAAUGAGAGUGCUCGGCAGAGGGGUCGCGACGGCCCACUGGCUGGAGAACCGCAGUGUGGGCAUGAACACAGUUUAUAACGACUACACGUCUAAGCUCACCUACUUCAGGAAGAGACAGCAUCUUAUCAGAGACAAUGGAGAGCUGACUAUCCUUCCUGCUGGCAAGCACGAAUUCCCAUUCAGUUUCCAGCUUCCUGAGGAGACGUUGGUGACCUCCUUCGAGGGCAAGCACGGCAGCAUCCGCUACUGGGUCAAGGUGAAGCUGCACAGGCCGUGGUGCACCGUCAGGAAGAUCAAGAAGGAGUUCACCGUCAUCGAGCCCAUUGACAUCAACACGCCCGCUCUUCUGGCACCUCAAGCUGGAACCAAAGACAAGAACGCACGUGUGUGGUACCGCAACUUUGGACAGGUGUCUGUAACAGCAAAGAUCGACCGCAAAGGCUACACUCCAGGCGAAGUCAUCCCCGUGUUUGCCGAGUUUGACAACGCUACGUCUCGUUCCAUCGUGCCCAAGGCCUACAUCACGCAGACGCAGACGUUCAUCGCACGUGGCACCAUGAAGCAGAAGCGGGCAGUGGUGGCUACGCUCUGCGGUGACCCCGUGGGUGCCCGGCGCCGCGAGACCUGGCACGGCCGCGCCAUCAAGAUCCCGCCCGUCGGGCCCUCUAUCCUUCAGUGCCGCAUCAUCAAAGUGGAGUACACCCUCAAGGUGUGUGUGGAUGUGCCAGGCACCUCUAAGCUGUUUCUGGAGCUGCCGCUGGUGAUGGGCACCAUCCCUCUGCAUCCAUUUGGCAGUCGCACAUCCAGCGUCAGUAGUCAGUACAGCGUCAACCUUGAGUGGAUCCGCAUGGCCAUCGCCGAGCAGCCCGAGCCCCCCCCAGAGUACAGCUCUGUGGUGACCGAUGCUGAAGCUGUCCAGAACAGCUCAUCGGCCCCCUGCAGCCCUGCGGAGGACGAGCUCAGCGGCCUCCUCGAGAGACCCCUCAUGGCCUACGUCCAGGAGUUUCGG